CAAGGUGAUGUUUUCAAUGUGUCCAAAACCUCCCAAUCCCUCCCUCCUUCAAAAAACAAAACAGCAUGAUUAAAAAGGGGCAAACAAAGGAAGAAUCUUAACAAUGCUAAUUAAUCAGGGCUUAAAUGUGUUAAAAGAGUAGUCUUUUUCCUUUUAAUUUUUCCUUCUUGUAUUUAGCACAGACAAGCAGAACAACCAAAUUUGGACUUUGGAUGAAUUUGAGAAGCCAUGAAAUGAAGGACAUUGAUGUUAAGGUCUAUUUAGCUUCUCCAUAACGUAUUUUAUUACAUUAAAUUCGUGAAAUGUAACUACGUGGGGGUAAUAUGCAUGUCUUUUUUUGGACCUGCUUGUCUUUUUCUUUUUUCUUAAUAUGAAGUUGGUGGGCCCUUUUUAUUUUGAAGUAGUAGAAAUUUUUGCUGUAAUAAUAUAAUGAAUGCAGGGCUUUAUUUCGGGGAGAGUUUUUGAGUUCUGAACUUACUGGAACUGUACAGUUCUGUAAGUGAUGUUAUGGUUUCCAUUAUUUUGUAACUUGAGUUUUAUUGAGAUUUCGUUUAUCUUUAGCCAGCUUAAUUGAAUUGCUUGCUUAGAUUUUGCGGUAGCUUAUCUUUGGUUGGUCAUUCUUUUCCCUUUCUUCUCCAGUUUGAGACUUGAAGAGUGUUCUUAUUUCCUUUGGACAAUCUUGGGGAAGGAUAGGAUAGCAGGGGUGUCAAGUUUUGGCCUUUCUCCGAGGAUCUUCUUGUGAAGCUGGUGUUUUUUCUGGGUUUCUUCAGUUGAGUACAUAUAAGUUUUGGUGAAGCGGAAAGUGAACAGACUUCCAGUGAGUUGAAAGAAGAAAUAAUAAUUGCAUAUGGUGGAGCUGAUGUUGCUUAAAUUAUGGCUUGGUAUCUUUCUGUUGGACAUUAUCUCUUUGUCCUCAAAAGCUGGAGGGGCAUUCGUCGGUGUUAACGUUGGCACUGACCUCUCUAACUUACCAUCGGCGACCGACGUGGUUGCCAUUUUAAGAGCUCAUCAAAUAACUCAUGUUCGCCUGUUUGAUGCCGAUGCUCACAUGUUGACUGCCCUUUCGGACACUGGAAUCGAAGUCAUAGUUAGCGUGACUAAUGAGGAAGUUCUCGGGAUCGGUCAGUCUCCAUCUACUGCAGCAGCCUGGGUUAAUAAAAACGUUGCAGCUUUUUUGCCAGGGACCAAUAUCACGGCCAUCGCUGUUGGAAGUGAAGUCUUAAGUACCAUUCCACAUGCUGCUCCUAUUUUGGUGCCAGCCAUGAAUUACCUGCACAAAGCCCUGGUUGCGUCCAACUUGAAUGAUCAGGUUAAAGUUUCAACCCCGCAGUCGAUGGAUAUAAUCCCGAAACCCUUUCCUCCUUCUACUGCGGCAUUCAAUUCUUCAUGGAACUCCACGAUUUUCCAGAUGCUUCAGUUUCUGAAGAAUACGAAUUCCUAUUACAUGUUGAAUGCUUAUCCUUAUUUUGGAUAUGUUGAUAGCAAUGGUAUCUUCCCAAUUGAGUAUGCUCUUUUCCAACCACUUUCGGCCGUCAAAGAAAUUGUUGAUCCAAACACGCUUUUCCACUACGACAGCAUGUUUGAUGCUAUGGUGGAUGCUGCUUACAACUCCAUUUCAGCAUUCAAUCUUUCAGGGAUCCCCAUUGUUGUGACGGAAACUGGUUGGCCGUGGCUUGGCGACUCCCACGAACCUGAUGCCACUAUACAAAAUGCGGAGACUUUUAACAACAACUUGAUCCGCCGAGUAUCAAAUGAUUCUGGUCCCCCAAGUCAGCCAGGAUUUCCCAUCAACACAUACAUAUAUGAAUUGUUCAACGAGGAUAAGAGGCCUGGGCCACUAUCUGAGAGAAAUUAUGGGAUCUUCUUCCCAAAUGGAACUGCUGUCUAUCCAAUUAGUUUAAUUAGUGCUUCAGGUAGCAGUGUCGGGGGAAAUUCUUCGGGUGUGUUUUGCGUGGUACGACCUGAUGCCGACACUGAGAAGCUGCAGAAUGGACUUAAUUGGGCUUGUGGACAAGGUGGGGCAAAUUGCACAGCUAUUCAAACAGGACAGCCUUGUUACUUCCCAGAUAGUUUGCAGAAUCAUGCUUCUUAUGCUUACAACGAUUAUUAUCAGAGAAUGCAUUUGAUUGGUGGGACCUGCGACUUUAAUGGCUCGGCAAUACUUACUUCUCAAGAUCCGAGUAUGCUUCUGCUCUCUUCUUUUAGAAGCUUAUUUGCAUCAAAUUGUGUGUGGCGUGCUGAACUUAUGCAAAUCUUAUGUUUAUAUUUAUUUCCAUUGUUUGCUUGCGAUGUAAUAACCCUUUCUCCGAACAUAGAGUUUCAAGAUAGGGAUUGUUGUUAGCAGAAGAGGAAAGAUUGCGACUUAGCACUUUGUGGUUCUGAAAUUUAGAGCAUUUCCAGUAGUCUGGACACAUUUUAACAAAGAUUGUAUCAGCACACAAUUGCUUGUGAAUAUAUACUUCCGAGAAUCCUAGUAGUACCAGCAGUUCUCUUAUUUGGCAGUUUGUAUGAAAUUUUUCUUCCCUGACUUGCUCUUUGAAGCUCUCAAGUACCUUCGUUUACACAGAUAUUUGCAGAUACUCAUAGCUGGAAACAUAUUUUACACUUUCUCGGCCAACUGACCAAUAUUGUUGUGUGUGUGUUGUGUUUCCUGCCAGGUUAUGGAUCCUGUAUAUUUAUGGGAAGGUGAGAACCCUUAGUAAAAAAAAUUUAUUUUAAAAAGAUUAUAAUUCAUGAGAUAGGACAUUGUUAUGUUCAUGAAAGUACUUUUGACUGAUGCAUUGUGUUUCGUUGCCACAGUUCAAAUUCGAGUUCAGGCAAUCUAUUCCCGCCUCCAGCGGCUGGACCUGUUGGCCCAUCCUCUUGGGGUUCUAGACUUGAAGCGUUUGGUAGCAGUGGCUUUCUGUUCAUUCUCUGCUUACCGCUAUUCAUGUGUAAUGUUAAUGUCUUCAAGUUUUUGUACUUGUAGCACUUCAACUGCAUGUAGAAAUUGUGUUGCUUAGGUUUGUCGUGCACUAAAGUGAAUCUCAUCAAUUUUCUUGAGAGCAAUUGCUUUGAAGACCCAAAAUUAACUCUUUCAGAUGAUUAUUUUGCCUUCCAUAUGUGGUUGCCUUUUUACUCCAAACCAAAAAAUUGAGAAGGAUAUCUAUAGUAAGAUAUGGGACCUCUACCUCUACUCAAUUGUUGAAUCAUACCUUCAAUUCCCUCUCGUUCUGGGGCAAAGGAAAGCUGCUUAGAUAAGUUUUGAAUAUCCAUUGUACUGUAUAGUUUACUCAUGUCCUGCAACAUUCACGGUGAAGAAGUA